AUGAAAGCUAUAGCAGCAGAGACAACAACUGAGGCAGUAAUGACAGAAGAAAUACCUGUAAUCUGUAGGAAAAAGAGUCUACUACUAGAUGGCAAUAAUACGCUGUAUCAUUAUUACGAUCCAUUGUCUACCAUUGAGCAUGAUGGAGUCAAGAUUGGUGCAGUAGAUGGAAUGAUGCAAUUACUCCGUAGAAUGGAUAAAACACACGCACCAGAACAUAUUUCGGUUGUGUUUGACUCAAGACAACGCCUUACGACGAGAAAAAUCUUAGAACCAAGCUACAAGUCUGGCCGAGCACCGACGCCACGCUCACUACUUCCACAGUUUGCAUAUGCCAAGAAAGUUUUGGAAACAGCUAAAGUAAAUUGCAUUGAGUGUCCAGGACAAGAAGCAGACGACAUUAUUGCUUCCUACUCGACUCAAUUCACAGCUGCAGGUUUUGAUGUGUUGCUUAUUUCCAAUGAUAAUGACUUUUUGCAGCUUGUGGAAAGCGGUGACACUGCCGACGUGUCUACUGUUGCUGCUCCAAAAGUGGAACUCUACCAACCAUCCAAGCGUCGCUACGUCCGCGAGCGAAACGUGAGAGGGAGGUUUGGAUUACACCCCAAGUUGCUCCCUGACUUCCACGCACUUUGUGGCCACCAGUGGAAGAAACUUCCGAGGGUGGAAAACUUGGCCAACGAGGUGGCGGUGCAACUGCUUACCCAGUAUGGCGGACUCCAUCCUUUGCUGCGCCAGUUGGACGAAGUCACUGAUCCAAUCCUGUGCAAUACAUUAAAGCGAUGUAUUACGUCCAUUGAAUCCUCUUACCGCAUGGUCAAGCUUGUCGACUCAGUCGCACUGCCUGUAGCGAUUAAGGAAUUGCAGAAACCACAGUUGAACUAG